GUGCAUGUUCACCGUGGGAUGCUGCCGGGAUAUAGCAGCUGGCGGAAUUGCGGUGCGUUGCUCAAGUGGUAAUGAUAUAAAAUGAGUGGUGCUACAAUUAGACACUUGUACUCGUAACUUGAGUUGAAUUUAAGACCACAGAAGCACAAGUGUAGAGAGCCACACGACCCAGAUAUACUCCACCGUCAAUCAUUUUCAGUAAAGGGGAUCGACUGACUACCUUUACUUCAAGCUCCGCCCCGACUGCAAUAGUAAUCAUACUUGAAUUGAGCAGCGUCCAACAAACCCAUUGAUGGAGUAUAUGGCCCAGGAACCCCCGGCCCAUAGACUCCUGCUUCUCCUACACAAGUUCGUCGAGCCCAGAGAACAACUCAGGCCCAAUUGUGACGGCCCAAGCCUCAAAAUAGCCCAGAAUACAUACUGGGGUGCCUUCGGCCUCCCUGGCCGAAAGCUCCAGACCUCACAGGAUGGCCUUUCUGGCAUAAGAAGCUGCUGGGAGGAAGUGACAGAAAACGGGAGCCUUCGGCACUGUGGAGCCCUCGGCACCAGGGGAAGCCUUCGGCUGAACCAAGCCUUCGGCCACAAAAGGCUUUCGGCCGCACAGGGGUCCUUGGUCACAUGGAGCCCUCGGCCACACCAGGAGCCUUCGGCCAAACAUGCUCAAAUCGUCGAAGAUUCCUUUUGGAGACAGCCAACCACCGCAUUUAAUGCCACGUCACAUCCGCCAACCGCAUUCAAUGCAGUGAACGUACCACUGCCGGUGCCACCCGGCUGAUGUGACCCCUCGGCCGUCGGAUUACUGACACGUGUACUCUCAUCGCAUUUAUUGCUGCUAUAAAUAGCAGCCCCUAUUCACCUUGUAAAGACACGCUGAGUUCAUUUAAUAUAUCGACUCUC